UAUUCACUCACCAUUGAAACCAUCGACGAUUUCUCCCACUCACUAACGAUUUUUCCGCACCUUGCUACGCCGCCGUAGCUAACCUUCUGUUCACCGGCGGAUCGAGCCUUCUGUUUACCAGCGGAGCUAGCCUUCUAAAGACCGAUUCCUCCUAUUCUUUUCUCACCCUCUUUUUUUUCUCAUCGCCCUAAUCUCUUCUUCUUCUUCUUCCUAUUCCUCAUAUGUUCUAACAUAUAUCCACUUCUUCUUUUUUGCUUACUUGUAGAUUACAAAAAAACAAACCUCGAUUUUCUUCAAUGUCGAGCCGCAUGCAACCUAGUCAAAGAAGGGCAGAAGAAAACUCUUGGUCUCUUGUCCCACCUUUGAAUUUGAUACUGCGUAGUCGCCAGGAUUUCCUCCAACACAUGGCUGAAGAUCAACGUCGUUAUGAUUUUACUAGUCCUAGUUACACGUUGGAUUACUUACCGAGGCUUAACCGGCAUGCACACUUUCUACCGACAGGAAAUAGAAGUGAAGGACUAGAAUCUAAUUCACCGGAGGCUGGAAACAAGGAAUUUGUCAUUCCUCUAUUUGUUGAUGUGUCAGACCUUUGGCGAGCUCCUGGACGGUCACACCUCCUUGAUUUUUGUCAAGAGCGAGAAGGAAAACAUAUAUGGUACAUUCUCUCCAGAAGCUAGGGCAUGAAACAUUUUUGGUUCUUAAGUAAAUUUUCUUCUAAGUUGUUAUUCACAUUACAUGUUUACACGUGAUCCAACAAGGAAGAUUACAAAGCAGAUCCUAAAGAUGCUUAAAUCUGAUCUCUUUGAACCAUA